AUAGGGUCCGGAAAGAACUGUUCGUUACACAUACUAACUACCGAAUACAUUAGGAGGGCUGAAUGGCCUGCUCUCAUGCGUAAGCCCUCUUAAGAGCAUAUGAAAUAAAUCUAGGCCGCCCACUUCAUUUGAUUGCUCCUCUGUGCCGUGCAUACACUUUCUUAAAAAGAAACAUGAAGUGCAUUUUUAAUAAAGAUUUAAUGAUCGCCAUAGGGCAUUCAGUCGUAAUUAACGUCCCCUUUCAGUACAGAGUAAUGAUAUGCCGUACUGUGCAAUCUCAUCUCUUCCCACAAUGAAGCGUUUACAGCAAACACUUAUUGAGUGCUCAUGGUACUAUUUGCCCUAUUAAUCAGGCUUGCAUUCUGUAUUAAAAGAGGUUAAGUUGUAAUAUUAAUUUUUGUUUAAUUACAGUACUGCCUUACAGCACUCUUCAGACUAUUCACAUUUAAAGCAUUUUUGGUAAGUUUUAAGUUGAGGGUGACUGUAAGUAAUGUAUUGCUACUCGAUUACUGAAACGCAGUUUGGCGAGUGCUGGAGAAGACCUGCAUAACAUAAUCCUUUCCUUCAUGUGUGAAUCCGUUUCCCGAUCAACUGCAUACUGUCACGAUUGUAGCCCCUCCUCCUUAAGGGUGCUCGAGCUCGGGCUCGUCAAGAUGUUUUUCGUGCCCACGCUGCACCUCAGCGCCAUGUCAGAUUCCGCGGGUUGCCAGGGCGACGGCCCGGCUGUCUCGCGAGCCGGAACUUCAUCCCGCUUCUCCGUGGGUCUGUGCUCUUCUCCCGCAGUGGAGCCGGACCCCCCGGUGAACCUGACAUGCCGCUUCGCCAACAGCAGCGAGGAGGGCGCGGGGCGCACCGUGGUGGUGGCGUGGAGGCACCCCAACACGGCCGACGUGGAAGUGGGCUGGCUCACGCUGGUCUACGAGCUCCAGUUCCGCCGCGAGUCCGAGCCCCGCAGCUGGAAGGCGAGAGGUCUGCUGCGGGAGCCGAGGCUGGAGCUGCUGGACCUGCCGGCGGGGAGCUACGCGGUGAGAGUGCGCUGCAAGUCCCGGAACUCCGCCCUGUGGAGCAAGUGGAGCCGCCUGCUCACGUUUACCGUGCCGCCCAGACAGAGCCUAGAUAAGAUGCUGGCACUGAUACUAGUAACUGGUGUUGGGGUUAUGGCUUUCUUGAUCAUUGGAUUUGGCAUAGUACCGCAGAGCAAGAGGAUUAAAGCUUUUCUCUUGCCUCCAAUUCCUAAACCCAGAAUCAGAGGGAUUGAUCCAAUGCUUUUGAAGAAGGGCAAAAUUGAUGAGAUCAAUCGUCUCUUCUCCUCCUUCCACGGGUACAGUCCUCCGCAGUACAAGGAAGACGCCUGGUUUGAGGUGAGCACGGACGAAGGCCUGUGCCUCAGAGACCCGCCGCUGGCCCAGACGGGGGAAGAGGGGUUCAGGGGGAAGCCCGGCGUCCAGCCCCCUGGCAGCUGUGACCGGGAGGUCGGGGAGCCCAGGGAGGAGCAGCAGCCGGCAGUCAUCCACGCUGAAGAAAGCAAGAGAAGCUCAGGUGAGCAGGAACUGAGGGAGAAGCCCACAUGGGGCCCCCAGACCCCGAUGGACGUGGAGAAGUCCUUCGAGGCCAUCACACACCCCACGGCGGGCUACAGUGUUCUUAUCAGCCCAGCCAGGGGCCCGCUGGACUUCUACACCUGCGUCAAUGGCGUGAGCACCGACGGCACGGUCCAUCUCGUACCCCACCUGCCAGAUCGCAGGCUGCGGGCCGCCUGCCGAGAGACCAAGGCCUCCCCCGGCGGGGCAGACGACACCAGGCGGCUGGAGCUGAGCGAGGCGGCCGGACGGCUCAAGCCGGUUGCUCGGGCCUGUAGCAGACUGCCGGGGGGGGCGGCCAGCAGCUACACCACAGUGGAAGCUCUGCGCCUGCAGCCGGGUGUGUUUGCCCCUUCCCUUCGGGCGGAGGAGGAGGAGGAGGAGGGAAGCCCCACCGGGGGCGGCCGGUGUGAUGCCUACUCGCGCGCGGAGCAGAACGAACUGGCAGUGCCCUUACUGCCGCCAGCCGUGGCGGGGAAGAUGUGAGGGCGGGCAAAAGCCCUGCGUACGCUUUCUUCAAGCAGGCUGGCUUCUCGUGCGUCGGCCGCGCUUGCCUCUGACUGGACCGCGCCCUCUGCCGUACUCCUCUACUCUCCUCCUUUCACACGCUUCUUGCCAAACGACUCACUUUCUCCUGGUGGUGAUUCUAAAGCCAUUCCUCUUUUUUCUAUCACAAUCAGCCCGAUUUGAAAUAGCGUGGAUAGUGGAAUACCAUUUUUCGCUCGUGCUUUUAAGUGUCCCAGUAUAGGAGGUUAGAUACGUUUUUGAAUAGUCAGAGCAAUUUUUGAUUUUUCCUAAUAGGUGUAAAGUGACUUUUUUUAAAAAGAAAACGGACAUUUGCAUGCAUUCAUCACACAGAUCCACUGUAACCAAACAACGGAGGAGAGAGGAAUUGAAGCAAGCCUUCCAGACAAGACUGGCCGUGUGCUUUGAGGGUGUUUUGAGCCUGUGUUUCAGCUACAGUUUGAUACAGGGCAAGGCAAUAAAACCAAGAAACUGGAGUCUGUCCUCCAUGAUGGGGACACACAGCCCAUUGAAAGACGCUACACUGAAAGGCCACAGGAGACUACCAUGAUAUUGGGAGUACCAGGGUGGGACUUAGAGAAGAGAAGAGGUGACGUACGUCAGGUUCUUCAGAAUGAAAUGGACAUAUCUGUGUUUUUAGUGUUCUUAGUGUAAAAUAUAAAGAUAUUAUUUGUCGUGUUUUGUAUUGAGUUGCAGUGUAUAAGUGCCUUUUAUAAAACAUCCAGCUAGUCCACAGUGUUCCUAUUCAUGGUCUUAAUAAGCUAAAUCCAGUGAUGAAUCAGUUAUGAACAUGAUGGGACUAGUGCUGGAAACACACUAUUACUUGAUUAUAUUCCUCACUCCAACAUGUUGGUCUCUAAACGUACAUAGAACACAAUUACACAAGUUUUUUUUUCUUAAAGAAUGUUGUCCACAGAAGUAGGACUUUAGGUUGCCUUAACUUUCUUGCUAUAGUGUUGUGGGUGUAAGGAGCAACCAGCUUUGUAGAAUAUUAAACAGGAGAAAUCCACUGUUCUAUAACGUGCUUCGUGAGUACAUUAAAAUCUAAAUCGAAAAUAUAGCUGCUAAUAAAAGCCCGAUUACGUUUCCUGCUAA